UGUAUCGCGGCGGUGGGUCGGAGCCGCUGUCUGUGGUGCCCCACGUUCCCCUCGAAAUUUUCUGUUUUAAUUUAGAUGCCCUGUCCCCAAUUCGGCCUUUAGCGAUACCAAGUAAAGCACAUCAUAGGACAUCUUGAUACUGACGUUAGAAUAAUUAUUUCUUGGAAAUUAUAGCAUUUAUCCAGAAAAUGGCGGUGGUAAGCGGGUUGGCUGGGCCGGCUGUUGCCCGGCUCGAGGGCCGUGAAUUCGAAUACAUGAUGAAAAAGCGCUCGGUAACCAUAGGGAGGAACUCGUCGCAAGGCUCUGUGGAUGUGAGUAUGGGCCAUUCCAGCUUUAUAUCCCGAAGACAUCUUGAAAUCUUUACAGCCGGCGAGGAUGGAACAGGCAGCGGUGACUUCUACCUGCGUUGCCUUGGCAAAAAUGGGGUGUUCGUGGAUGGGGUGUUCCUGAGGCGAGGUGCAGCUCCUCUUCAGCUUCCUAGAAUGUGCACCUUCCGUUUCCCCAGCACCAACAUUAAGAUCACCUUCACAGCGCUGUCCAGCGCGAAGAGGGAAAAGCGCGAAGCCCCCGAGUCGCCCAUCAAGUCUGUGCAGCCGCAGAUCUCGCCCCUCACCAUCAACAUCCCAGACAACAUCGCCCACCUCAUGAGCCCUCUGCCAUCCCCAACGGGGACCAUCAGCAGUGCAGAUUCGUGUCCAGUCCGUCCAGUCCGAGCUCCCGGCUCUCCCGGCUACAAAAUGGGCCGCAUCACCGCCUCCGACCUGCAGCUUAUCGACAACUCGCAGUCGGAGAACGACAAGGAGGCCUCAGGUGGAGACAGUCCCAAGGAUGACUCUAAACCACCGUACUCGUAUGCACAGUUGAUAGUCCAGGCAAUAACGAUGGCCCAGGACAAGCAGCUGACACUAAACGGCAUCUACACGCACAUCACCAAAAACUACCCCUACUACCGGACUGCAGACAAGGGCUGGCAGAAUUCCAUCCGGCACAACCUGUCGCUGAACCGCUACUUCAUCAAAGUGCCACGUUCCCAGGAGGAGCCGGGCAAGGGCUCCUUCUGGAGGAUCGACCCGUCGUGCGAGGGCAAGCUCAUCGAGCAGGCCUUUAGGAAACGACGCCCACGGGGCGUCCCUUGCUUCCGCACCCCACUUGGACCACUCUCCUCCAGGAGUGCCCCAGCCUCUCCAAACCACUCGGGCGUUCUCUCGGCCCACUCCAGCGGGGUGCAGACCCCAGACAGCCUGUCCCGCGAGGGCUCCCCUGUCCCCGGGGAGUCUGAGCCCACCCCUGCCCCGGCUCCGGCCCCACCUCCAGCCACAGCAGUGCAGCCCAAACUCGCCGUCAUACAGGAAGCACACUUUGCCCAGAGCACGGCAGGCUCACCUCUGGGCAGCCAGCCGGUGCUCAUCACUGUGCAGCGGCAGCUCCCGCAGUCGGUGAAGCCGGUGACGUACGCGGUGGCGACGCCGGUCACCUCGGCCACGUCCCAGCAGCCCCAGCUCAUGCAGACAGUGCACGUGGUUCACCAGCUGCCCGCCAACGUGGCCGUCAGCAGUGUGGCCACACUGGCCGCCGCCGCCAACACCUACACGGUCACCACGCAGAGCGCCAACGCCAACGUCGUCGCCGCAACCAUCAAGAACGAGCCGCAUGAGAACGGGGACCAUGCCGAGGCCAAAGUGAAAGUGGAGGCCAUGCCCACCAUUACCCAUACUGCCCUGGGCUCAGCCAGCCGCAUCAUCCAGGGCAGCGCGUCGGGCCAGCCCCUGCAGACGGUCACCAUAGUGCAGCAGGCGCAACUGGGCCACCACCAGCUGCCAAUCAAACCCAUCACACAGAACGGCACCCACAUGCUGCCCAUCGCCACUGCCAUCCAGGCCACCGCCAGCCCAGGAGCCACUGCGGUAGCCAGUCCCCUGCACAUGCUAGCCACCCACGCGUCCGCCUCGGCCUCCCUCCCCACCAAGCGGCAGAACGGCGAGCGUGAGUCUCCGUCUGGCACCGGGCAGCCCGAGUCCAAGCGCCUGAAGACGGACCCUGAGGCCGACGUGGGACCCAACUCCAGCCCAGCAGCGGCACAGCCGUCGGCCGACACAGAUGGAGCAGCAGCCUCCGCCGCCGCCAGCGAGUAGUCUCUUCUCAAACCCCACGCCCACACACCCACUCACUCUCUCCUCCCUCAUUUUUCUCUCUUUCUCUCUUUCAUUCACUUGACCUGUCCUGUCUUCUCCAACACUUAUCUUCCAUCAACCCCCAAGGUGCCAAAUGGAGAAGUUUUUUUUUACAUUGGACUAUAUUACAGGACCCCAGGACCCUUAACAGUGAUCAUUUUCCAUAAGAAGAAAACAGGGAAGAUGAGGACCACCUUAAGAACAAAACAGAACCGCCCAAAGCCCCCCACCCCUCUUCUGCUGUGAGCCAAGCCAGGCCAUCACGGCCCCUGAGCAGAACAGCCCUAACGGGACGCCUUAAUCACCUGGACGUGAACACUGGGCAGUGAGCGAGGGCGAUCUCCACAACCCCACCCAAUACCCCAUUCCAAUCCAACCCCAAACAACCCUCACCACCACUACCUUGCUGCCCUGAACCCUUAAGGAGCCUCCAUCGGCCACCUUCCCCCAACCAACCAACCCUUCACCAGGCCAAAGGAGAGGGGGCCAACCGGUAGCAUUUUCUAAUAGCA